CUAGCGCUACGUCUCAAAGAUGUGUUGAAACAUGCUGGCUACAAAGUGUGGAUGGAUGUUGAACACAUGACUGGGUCAACACUGGAAGCAAUGGCACUAGCUGUUGAAAGGUCGGCUGUCGUUCUGAUAUGUAUGUCGCAAAAAUACAAGGAUAGUCCAAGCUGCAGAUCAGAGGCAGAAUAUACAUAUAAACUACGGAAGAGCUUCAUUCCUCUUUGUGUACAAGAAAAAUAUGAGGCAGAUGGAUGGUUAGGCAUGCUUAUAGGUACCAAACUGUACUUUGACAUCAGCACAGAACGACUGUUUGAUCAACAGAUACCAAAUCUGAUGAAGGAGCUCGGCGACCGAGGAAGACUGUCAUCUCAGAGACAGGAAGUUGAUGAUGAGAUUAUGACACCUGGUUAUGUAGCCAAACUGACCGCUGUCCAGUCAGCAAAACCUUCUUCUGCAAACUGGACAAUUGGUGAUGUAGCAGAGUGGAUGUCACGCCUUAACUUGUCAGAAGUUCCACAUGAACUGCUGCAGCUUGACGGUAACAUGCUUUGGGAGUCUAAGAAGAUGCUCGAGACUUCACCAGAUUUUCUCUACAACUAUCUCCAUGGUAACCUUAAAAUGAACUUUCCAGAUAUUCUCAAGCUUUCCAGAGCUCUCCGACAAUUGUAAACAAACCUAACAGUUCACGACUUUUGAAGGUGUUAAUUUGUUGUUGUUGCUUAACUUUUAUUUACUGUGAAUUUUCUGUGGGUCUAGACGUUCUCAAACUUUCCAGAGCUGUCCACCAAUUGUAAACACUCCAGGCACUACAAAUGAUUUUUGAAGGUGUGAAGUCUUUGUUUUUCUUUAGUUUUACUAAUUGUGUUUAUUUGCUGUGAAUUUUCUAUGGGUCUAGAUAUUCUCGAGCUUUCCAGAGCUCUCCGGCAAUUGUAAACAGUCCAGGCACUACAAAUGAUUUUGAAGGUGUGAAGUCUUUGUUUUUCUAUAGUUUUACUAAUUGUGUUUAUUUGCUGUGAAUUUUCUGUGGGUCUAGACGUUCUCAAACUUUCCAGAGCUCUCCGGCAAUUGUAAACAGUCCAGACACUACAAAUGAUUUUUGAAGGUGUGAAGUCUUUGUUUUUCUUUAGUUUUACUAAUUGUGUUUAUUUGCUGUGAAUUUUCUGUGGAUUCACCAAGUUUGUUGUGUUUUUCAGACCUCUGCAAUCUUCUGGUGUAGAUUCUGUGCUGAUGUUUUAUUUUCUAAACCUGUGAUUUUAGGUAGAAUUUAUGCGAAAAGAAAAAGAGAGGCAUAGUAUACCAAAAUUUCCCAAUGUGUGUCCUUGAUGGAGUGGAUAUUAUGGGUGGCUUUCUCUGCUGUAAAAUCAAUGAAAAUGCCCAAAUAUCCAAACCAACGAAGACAUUUGGAGUUUCCUGUUUUCUAUCGUGUAAACAGAUUGUAGACAGAAAUUCAACUUGUUUUAAGUAUUUAUCUCCUUUAUAGUUCUUUCCUUGCACCUGUUUUUAACAUGCACACUUCAGUCGAACAAGUUGAAGCCCAGUGUAAAUCAGAGCAUAGUGUACAACGGAGGAAAAAAUAUUACUGGUUAUAGAAUAUAGUGGAAGGUGGAAUGUUACUCGUUAUAGAGUUUGACUGGCCAUAGAAUGUAAUGUAUUGGUAGUGUAGUAUGUAAUGGAGUAUGAAUGAAAAAAAUUAUUGAGGACAGAAUGCAAUGGAGUUCUGGUUAAAAAAUAAAAUGAAGAAUAGAAUAUUACUGCAAGGUUAUUGAAUACUGAUUUCUGAAGAUUGGAGGUCAUGUUUGAAACAACGUAUCAAUAUUUGUAUCAAUAUUUUGUAUCCCUGUAUCAAACACUGGAAGAAGGUAGGGUACGUAAUGCCACUGUUUGUCUGUCAUUCCAUCCGUAACAUCCUAUCUGGAUGAUGACUCUAGUUCCCCUGGACCAAUAAAAAGCAAACUUUGCACACUGCUUCCUUAUUACUGAUGCUUGCUUUUUGGGUUAAAAGGUCAAACCUCAAGGUCACUGUUACUAUAAAUAAAAGUUGGCCGGUGUCAUAAUUUCUGGAUGAUGAAACUUCAAGGGGACCAAUGAAACUCGAACUUCAUAUAGGAGUGCUUGCUUGGCAUUGACAUUUGGAUCAACAUGUUGAAUGCCAAGGGUCACUUUUAUUUUAGAUAAAAUAUUGAUUUCUGCCUAAUGACUGAAGUUCAUUCUAUGUGAGUAAACUAAAACUUCACACAAUGCUCUCCUACUGACGUGGCUUGUUAAAAUUGCCUUUUUGUGUGAAAGGUCAAAGGUAAAUUCUUUAUCACUAUAUUUCCAGUCUAUAGCUCGGGUUUCUGUGGACAGAUUAGACUUGUACUUCACACAAGGCUUUAGCAACUGUAAUUUUGAUUGUGAUUGUUGGAUUGCUUUUCAACUCAAAAUUUCAAAUUAGGUCAAGGUUACUGUAACUAUGAAAAGGAAACUUAUUGAGACACAAAAGCUCUAGCUCUCUGGAGUGACCAAUCACAAAAAGUUGUAAAACAGUUGCUGGAUUCAAUCAAUCAAUUUUGGGGGAAGGAUUUAUUAUCAUCCAGCAGUUUCAAAUUAGGAACGGGUCUUUGUAAUAUUGAAACCUUUUUUAUGUACAAUAAACGGUAAUAUGUUACAUUUUACAGGUAAUGAAUUUUUAUAUCAGGUAAGUUUACUAUCGUGAUCAGAAUAGGAUAUGGAUGUUUUCAGUGCAUAUGUAUAAUAGAUUUGUUUUAUUUUGCUGUGUAUAAAUUAUGGUGUUUUCUUUAAGUACACACUGAGUUUAUAUUGAUGAAAUGUUUCUGUUCAGUACAAGGUAAAACAAACUGUAUUGAUAGAAUUUUUUAAUUUUGCUGUGUAAUAUUUUGAAUAUUGAUUUUCUGAACAACUGUGAUAGUCAGUGUUAAAUUUUUAUAGAUCUGUCAUUGGUAGUGAUAUUAUGUUAUUGUGUUGCCUGUUUGUCUCUAUAUCAGUAAUUUCUAGUUGUUAGAUUACGUAGAACUGAUGUUUUCAUCAGUGUGAUAAAUUCCAUUCUUUGUUCUUAAAUGAGAACUUAUUGAUAUGAAUAAAGGUUUUGGUUAAGACAA